AUGCGCGUGCGCGAGGCGCAGGUGUCGGCGAUGCAGGCGGCGGCUUUGGAGGAGGCUCGGGCAGCUGGACGGAGACAGGCGAGAGCGGCGGGAGUGGUCGGCGGAGAGGCAGGCGGCUCAUACGAGCUGUUGCAGCGGUUCUUUUACGACUUUGGCGGGCCAGAGUGGGCGCUAUCGUACGGAUGGCUGGAGGGCCGCGACCCGUGCUGCAUUCCAGGCACCUCGCCGUGUCGGGCGUGGUACGGGUUGGAGUGUGCAUACGACGGGCCAAACGCUACGGUAGGUGUGGUGGAGAACGUAUUGUUCUCGGACAACAACCUCAACGGGAAGCUGCAGCUGAUUGAGGACUCGCUCUGCCAGAUGCCGCAUCUGGUGACGCUGGCUGUACUCAACGAGAACAUCACCGGGACACUACCCCAGUGCCUGGCGUCGAUGCCUGCACUGCUUCAGCUCUACCUUAGUAACUUGAACCUCGAGCCUCAGCCGCUGCCGCUGUUUCUGGCCUCGAUGAAGCAACUACAGGUACUCGCCCUUGCGGCAGUCAACCUCGUUGGACCGAUCCCGGACGAGGCCGCCGCGUUGACGGGCUCGGUGUUUAGUCUAAUCCUUAGUGACAAUACGCUGACCGGGACCAUUCCCGAGUGGCUCUCGCAUGCUGGCAAUCUCACCAGCCUCGUGCUGCGCUGCAACGCGCUCGAGGGAACGAUACCGCCGUCGCUCUUUGCGCGCAAGUUUGCGCUCCUGGACCUCUCACAGAACAAGCUGAACGGGAGCAUUCCGGACGCCUUUCUCCCGUACCAGUACUACGUCUCACUCGACUUGUCGCACAACCAGCUGGAGGGCACGCUGCCGCCAACGAUCGGCUACGUCGCGUCCUCGUACUUUCCGGUUAACAUCACGCUGGCGGGCAACAUGCUCUCUGGCGGCGUUGACGUCCUCUUUCCAGCCUACAGCAAGCUCGCAAGGCUCAACUUGGCCAGUAAUAGGUUUUACGGCACUAUUCCAGCCGCUGUGGGGUUGGCAAGCAACUUGUCCGAGCUGGUGCUGAGCGACAACAAGUUGUUCGGGACGAUUCCGGCCGAGAUCGGUAAUAUGGGCCAGCUGGAGCUCCUUAACCUCGCCGACAAUGAGUUUACCGCCAUUGACCGCUCCAUGACGCUGUACACGAUACCAAAGCUUCGACAAGUGUCGCUCCGGGGCAACAGACUCACAUGGCUUCCGCCCUUGGUCUACCUCGACGUGGUCGUCGAGGACAACAAGGUGACGCAGUGUGCGUAUACCUCGCUGAUGACGUUUCUGGAUGUGAGUGGCAACCCGAUACGACCGCUGAGCGGGGGUAGGCGGCUUCGCAUGGGUGACAUCUUGUCCAUGCUCAUUGCCUCGGACAUUGGUGUGGAAUCUGCGCUGCUCUCAUGUGUACAGGGCUUGCAAACCGGGUAUGCGAGGCUCAAAACGCUUGCACUGGCGCAGAUCGGACUCUCUGGCUCACUCAUGCCGACGAUUUUCGAAGUAUUUCCAGGCAUCUCACACCUGGACCUCCAGGGCAACAAUCUGGGCGGGCCGCUGCCGCAGUCGACAACGUUCUUUUCGUUUACGCUUCCGUUCUCGCUCGAGUUUUUGGAUCUGAGCAACAACGCGCUUAGCGGAAGCCUGCCGGCAGUGUACGGGCCGGCGCUGGAGACGAACUUGCAGUUUCUCGGCUUGCUCGACGGCAACUUUGUGUGCCCGGGCCUGACUGCGCCGCACUCGCGGGCGCAGAUCCACGUGGACGCGACUUACUACCACCGGACGCUCUGCCGGUGCUCGCCGCGGUUCUGGGGCAAGGUGCAGGCGGACGGCAGCGGCUGCCACUCGCUUGCCACGUACUGCGACGACGAAAAAGAGUGCAUUGUGCACGCGCCGAGUGCAAACGAGACAGUGUCGGUGGCGUCGACGGCGGUGGUGGUCUCCAAGGGCUACUGGCCGUCGCCGAGUGCCGACGCGGCGGUGUUGCUCAUCCGAUGUACCUCGCUGCCUGUGCCAGCUGAUCAGAUUGCGUGCAAUCCUGCGGGUCGGCUCGAGUGCACGCCAAACAUUGUGAGAGGCGAGAACGGGGAGACGCUGUCCAAGUUUUCAUGCAAGCCUGUGGAUGAGGUCUGUCGGUGGGGCCACUCGGAGCGGCUGUGCGGCAAGUGCGAGACCGGCUUUUUCCGGACUGCUGUCGGCUGCCGGCAGUGUACAGGGCUCAUCUCGUCGCCAUGGACGCUAGUCUUUGGCUUGAUCUUCUUCUUCAUCUUUAUGGGCCUGGCCAUCCUCAUCCGGACUCGGGACCCGUCGCCACAGAUGCAGCGGAUCCGGGAGCACUUUCACGAGCAGCGGACGUUGCGCGAGUUUCUGACCGCGUAUCGUGGCGAGCUCAUCCAGGUUACCUCGCUCUAUGUCUCUUUCUGCGUGGCAGUCGCCUUUGUGGAGCCAUCGUGGGUAGAGACAAUGCUUGCACUCUUUGCGACGACGUACUAUGUCGUGUACUCGCUGCUGCGAAAGUCGCUGCCGCCGGACGAGGGCGGGAGUGGGCGUGGUGACGGCCGCAACGAGCGAACUGCGCUGCUCGCGCGCGCGCACUCUGACGGUCAGGACGACCGCGAUGCCGUGGGCGGGUUUCUGGGCGAGACUCCGGUGCGCGACGUGCGCGAGGCGCUUGCCGUCGCGUCAGGCGUCUUCAAGUCGUUCGUGGUCUACUUUCAGACGCUUGCGGCGGUAACCAAUGGACUUGUGGUCUGGCCAAAGUGGGGCUCGUUCAUUGUGGCGCUCAACAAGCUGCUGGUGUCUGUGGCGCCGCUGGUGUGCCAGCAUCCAUCGCUGACAUACCAGGAUAUGUUUCUUAUUGUCAUGCUCCUCCCACUCGGCCUUGUGGUUGCGAUCUCGGUUCUAUUUGGGGUCUGGGUGGUGUACCAGUGGUUGUGCAAGAUCCGAAUGGUGGCAUCGGUCAAGAGCUCGGACGACGGGGCAGUCCGCGUGGCUGUGGCGCACAAGCUCUUUGCGGUCCGUGUUAGGACCGCCGGACAGGUUCUGUUUGCAGUUGUGGUCCUCACCGGGUACAUCAUGUUCUUCCCGGUCAUGUCGACGUACUUUGAGCUGUACGCGUGCUCGCGCGACAACACGCCGCUGGAGCAGGGCAAGCAGCAGUCGAUCAGCUACAUGACGACUGUUCCGUGGAUCCGAUGCUUUAACUCGCACGAGUACUUUUCAAUGUACAUUCCGGGCUCGCUGCUGAUGGUGGUGUACGUGGCCGGCUUUGUGUGGGUCUUCCACCUGCUCAACGCGCACCAUCGCGGCGGUGAGCUGCGGCAUGGCGCGGUGCGGCUGCAGUACUCGAUUCUGUUCGAGUCGUUCCGCCGAGGAGCGUGGUGGUUCGAGAAGGUGCUGACCGUGCGUCGAGCGCUGCUUGCGCUGGCGGUAGCGGGCUCGGCAACAGCGUCGCUCUCGUCGAUCGGGGUCACGGUAGUGCUCACCAUUUCACUCGCCAUCCAGGGCUGGUACGCGCCGUACUCGACGUCACUCGGCAACUUGGCGGAGAUUGUGGGCCUCUGCUCGGUCAUUUUCUCGUUCCUUGUCACCCAGUCGGCGCUGCGGGUGUAUCAGGCGUCGUCGGCAAGCGAGUACAAGCUCGAGGGCAUACCCGAGGUGCUCAACAACGUGGCGGUGUACAACGCGCUCGCCACGUUUGCCAUCUACGGCCUUGUCGCCAUCCUUCCGUUUCUGCGGCUCGUCCCGUCGAUCCGGGCGCGCAACUGGAGGAUCUUCCACAUUCUCGGGCUCGGGCGCCCCGAGGGCAAGGCCACACCGGCAGUCCGCGCCGGCGCCACCACUGGCGCGCGGUGGCAGUCGCUAAUGGUCUCGAUGGCGGACUUGCCGCCCUCGCCGCAGAGCAGCGUCCAAAACGCCAACGCUGCGGCGCAGGCUGAGCUCGAGACGCUCCGCGCGCGGGUUGCCGAGCUUGAACGCGACGCCCGCGACAGGGCCACCGCCGCGCUGCGGGUGAGCAUCAGCUUCCAGGCCGAGAUGGACCAGAUGCGGGCGAAGCUCGCCAAGUUGCGCGCUACCUCAGGCGCCUCCGCCGAGGAGUUGGUAUGCAAUGGUGGCGGCGAGGACCGCGAAGCAAGCUAG